AGCCCAUUAUCAGAGCCAGAAAAUCCUGUGGAAAAUGGCCUUCAGUGAUCUUACAUCGAGGACUGUGCGCCUUUAUGAUAAUUGGAUCAAAGAUGCUGAUCCGAGAGUUGAAGAUUGGCUCCUCAUGUCCUCGCCUCUGCCACAAACCAUCAUCCUGGGAAUCUAUGUCUAUUUUGUCACUUCUCUGGGACCAAAGCUCAUGGAGAAUCGAAAGCCCUUUGAACUCAAGAAAGCGAUGAUAACGUACAAUUUUUUCAUAGUACUCUUUUCUGUGUAUCUGUGUUACGAGUUUGUGAUGUCUGGCUGGGGUACAGGUUAUUCAUUUCAAUGUGAAAUUGUUGACUACUCACAGUCACCCACAGCUUUAAGGAUGGCACGUACCUGCUGGCUUUAUUACUUCUCCAAAUUUAUUGAGCUGCUAGAUACUAUCUUUUUUGUUCUACGUAAGAAAAAUAGCCAAGUGACUUUCCUUCAUGUCUUCCACCAUACAAUCAUGCCCUGGACCUGGUGGUUUGGAGUCAAAUUUGCUGCAGGUGGCUUGGGAACAUUCCAUGCCUUUCUAAAUACAGCUGUCCAUGUAGUUAUGUAUUCCUACUAUGGACUGUGUGCAUUGGGACCAGCCUACCAGAAGUAUCUGUGGUGGAAAAAGUAUUUGACAUCAUUACAGCUUGUCCAGUUUGUUAUUGUCACCAUCCACAUAGGCCAGUUCUUUUUCAUGGAGGAUUGCAAGUACCAGUUUCCAGUCUUUUUGUACAUCAUUAUGAGCUAUGGGUGCAUCUUUCUGCUGCUAUUUCUCCAUUUUUGGUACCGCGCUUACACCAAAGGUCAGAGACUGCCUAAAACUAUGAAAAAUGGCAACUACAAAAGCAAAGAUCACUGAAAUAGAAGCAUAGCACGAAUCUGUGAAUGAGACUGAGGUCUUGUCUUCCUUGACAAUCAAGAUAUAUUUACCUAUGCAGUUCAUUUUGUAUAUUUUUCAAAACUAAGAGCUUGUAUUUUUAUGAUAAGUUAUUGGGGUUUCUGGUAUUGGAGAGCCCAAAGCUCCCACAUAACAGUCUUCUGAUAAUGAGAGCCUAAAGCAUCCAGAAGUUUUUCAGCUACUUUUAAACCUAAUCUAAAGGUUUUGUUUAAUAUAUUUUGCUAAAGUAAAAGGAGGAUGUGAAACAGUACUCUUCAAAGAAGUCCAGUAUAAAUGAAAAAUAUCAUUAGAUAUUUUGAACAUGGACAGAGAUCUCUACAGAAUACUAGAUUCCUUCUGCCAGGGCUGGAAAAUUCUAUGGGUGGGCUCUGGCUUUGUGGCUUGUUGCCUAUAUUCAGAAGAUGCUGUAUUUACCGUUAAAUUCCCAUUAAGCGCUAACACAGGUGAAUGUAAAGUAAAUAUUUUGAUAAGUUGUUUAAAAUCUCUAAUGAUAAUUUUGAUGGAUUUUUUUUUGAGUAGCAUCACCAGUUUUGCUGGUGAGAAUUCCUCACAACAAUUCUGUUGUAUAAACUGUCUCAAAGUAACAGUCCUUUAGAUUGGCAGGCUGAUGCACUUGGCACUAAGGUUAAGUUAAUAUUAAUUUGAAAACAAAGUGAUUUGUUUUGUUGGGUUAAUAAACAGUUUGCUAUUACUGUUUUGUACCUUAACUCCAUGUAUCUCUGGAAAGAGGUGAAUUGCUAAUGGAAAAAGUACUGUGUAGUUCAGUAGGGGAAUCUGUCAUCAGUUGUAUUGUAAUGUCAUGGCCUCAUAUUGGCAUGGUUUAGAGCAUUAUCUUUGUUAAAUACAUAUUGUCUAUAUACGUCAUAUCAUUAGAACACUGCAGGUACCCUAAGACCAUAAAUAAUUUUAGACCACUCAUUCCACAGUUUUCAGAGAUGGAUUAGAAUGGCUUGUAAAGUAAUUCAAGCCAAAUGGUGGCACAGAGAGUAUCUGGGAAGAUUUAGUUAGUUAUAGAUUAUAGUUUGUAUUAUGGAUUCACUACAUGAAAAAGUAUUUGACUGGAAUUAUGAAUUAAUUAACGGCCUGAAUUUCUUUCCGUUUUCGAUUAUUUUUUUUUUAAUUUUUUCCAUAGAGUAUAUGUGCUUACUAGAGACAGAGACAGUGAUAGGUAAAGUGAGAAAUCACCCUCCAGAGAAGAUGUCUAUACUACAGUCCCAUCUUCUCUGUCCUUCUCUUGGGAUUUUAGGUAUGCAUGAACAUGUGCCUGACAUGAUACUCAAGC